AGCGACAACGGAACCAAGGCACGCUUUGCACUUGAAUUCCCUCAUCUCCAAUCCAAGUGCGUGCGUGCCCCCCGGCCGGCCGGCCCUCCUUCUCCGCUACCAGCCAUGCCGUCGCCGUUCUCCGUCCCCUCGCUGAUCAUGGAGGAGGAAGGGCGGUUCGAGGCGGAGGUGGCGGAAGUGGAGUCAUGGUGGACGACGGAGCGGUUCCGGCUCACCAAGCGCCCCUACACCGCCCGCGACGUGGUCCUCCUCCGGGGCACGCUCCGCCAGAGCUACGCGUCGGGGGAGAUGGCCAAGAAGCUGUGGCGCACGCUCAAGGCGCACCAGGCCGGGGGCACGGCGUCCCGCACCUUCGGCGCGCUGGACCCCGUCCAGGUCACCAUGAUGGCCAAGCACCUGGACACCAUCUACGUCUCCGGCUGGCAGUGCUCCUCCACGCACACCUCCACCAACGAGCCCGGCCCGGACCUCGCCGACUACCCCUACGACACCGUGCCCAACAAGGUGGAGCACCUCUUCUUCGCGCAGCUCUACCACGACCGCAAGCAGCGGGAGGCGCGCAUGUCGCUGCCCCGCGCCGACCGGGCCAGGGCGCCCUACGUCGACUUCCUCAAGCCCAUCAUCGCCGACGGCGACACCGGGUUCGGCGGCGCCACGGCCACCGUCAAGCUCUGCAAGCUCUUCGUCGAGCGCGGGGCGGCGGGCGUCCACCUCGAGGACCAGUCGUCGGUCACCAAGAAGUGCGGGCACAUGGCCGGGAAGGUGCUCGUCGCGGUGUCGGAGCACGUCAACCGCCUCGUCGCCGCGCGGCUCCAGUUCGACGUCAUGGGCGUCGAGACCGUCCUCGUCGCGCGCACCGACGCCGUCGCCGCCACGCUGAUCCAGACCAACGUCGACGCGCGCGACCACCAGUUCAUCCUCGGCGCCACCAACCCGCGCCUGAGGGGACAGAGCCUGGCGGCCGUGCUGUCGGACGGCAUGGCGGCGGGCAAGAACGGCAGGGAGCUGCAGGCCAUCGAGGACGAGUGGCUCGCCGCGGCGCAGCUCAAGACCUUCUCCGACUGCGUCAGGGACGCCAUCGCGGGGCUCGCCGUCUCCGCCCAGGAGAAGCAGCGCAGGGUCCAGGAGUGGGACCGCGCCACCGGCGCUGGCGGCUACGACAGGUGCGUGUCCAACGAGCAGGCGCGCGACAUCGCCGCGGGGCUCGGCGUCGCGUCCGUGUUCUGGGACUGGGACCUCCCGCGGACCAGGGAAGGGUUCUACCGGUUCCGGGGCUCCGUGGGCGCCGCCGUGGUCCGGGGCCGCGCCUUCGCGCCGCACGCCGACGUGCUGUGGAUGGAGACGUCCAGCCCCAACGUGGCCGAGUGCACCGCCUUCGCCGAGGGCGUCAAGGCGGCGUGCCCGGAGGCGAUGCUGGCCUACAACCUCUCGCCGUCCUUCAACUGGGACGCCUCCGGGAUGACGGACGCCGAGAUGGCGGCCUUCAUCCCCAGCGUCGCACGCCUCGGGUACGUCUGGCAGUUCAUCACGCUCGCCGGGUUCCACGCCGACGCGCUCGUCACCGACACGUUCGCGCGGGACUUCGCGCGGCGGGGCAUGCUGGCCUACGUGGAGAGGAUCCAGAGGGAGGAGAGGAUCAACGGCGUGGAGACGCUGGAGCACCAGAAGUGGUCGGGCGCCAAUUUCUAUGACAGGGUGCUCAAGACGGUGCAGGGUGGCAUCUCCUCAACUGCAGCCAUGGGCAAAGGAGUUACUGAAGAGCAAUUCAAGGAUUCAAGGCCGGCAACUGGGAGCAGUGGCCUGCAAGUUAUGGCCAAAUCCAGGAUUUGAUGAAGACUCAGAAAGAAUAAUGAUUCGGAGAAGGCCCUAAAUAAAUAAGAAAAAAAAAUAAGUUGGAGUCAGAUCAUCAGCCAUGGGAAGAUGCUUUCCAAACUGAACUAUAAUGAGCAUAAUGCAUAAAUGAAUCGUCUAGCUAGCUAUAUACGAAUGGAGUUCUGAGUUAUGACUCCAAAUGGAAACCCAGGUUGGGUUGAAAGUAUUGGUGUCAAUCUGUGAGAUUAUUUAUCACUUGAGAUUGAAUACAAAAUUUGAUUA